CUCUGUUUUCUCAGCCCAUAUGACCUGCUUCCUGUAUUUACUACAAAAAAAUGGCCUUGGGUCUGUGGAUGUAAUUUGGCACGGUUACAGUUGAGGCUGGUUUCUGGGUGAACAGGGCGGGUUUUACACCGUGAUUGGGUUGUUAACGAUCGGUCCAGUCAUGCUACUCUGCGUUCAGCUCUUUCACACGCGCGUGUGAGUGUGUGAUACUACUGUAUCGAUACUGAUACUGAAGUGGGACACGCACACACACACACGGAAGCGCAGCACAAUGGACAACAACAGCGGCUACACGGAUGGCUCUGGCCCCACACCGUCCCGAGAGCUCACGCAAAACCCGCUGAAGAAAAUAUGGAUGCCCUGCAAAAAUGGCCUCCCCGAGAAGCCCAUCUUUCAGAGGAGGGUAUGCAUGACCAACUGCCCCACUCUCAUCGUCACGGUCGGUCUACCAGCCAGGGGCAAAACCUACAUCUCCAAGAAACUCACCCGUUACCUCAACUGGAUCGGGGUUCCGACGAAAGAGUUUAACGUGGGCCAGUACAGACGAGAGUGUGUGAAGAUCUACAAAUCGUUCGAGUUCUUCAGCCCAGACAACGAGGAGGGGCUUAAAAUCAGAAAGCAGUGUGCAUCAGCAGCUCUUAACGAUGUUCAUCAGUACCUCACUGAAGACGGGGGGCAAGUGGCGGUAUUUGAUGCCACAAAUACUACCAGAGAGAGGCGAGAGACCAUCAUACAGUUUGCUGAACAGAACGGAUUUAAGGUCUUCUUCGUUGAGUCUGUAUGCGAAGACCCGGACGUUAUUGCAGAAAACAUUGUCCAAGUGAAACUCGGCAGUCCGGACUACACAGACUGUAACACCGAGCAGGCUGUGGAGGACUUCAUGAAGAGGAUAAAAUGCUACGAGAACUCUUACCAGCCUCUGGAUGAGGACUUGGACAGAGAGUUGUCCUUCAUAAAGAUCAUCGAUGUGGGUCGGAGGUACCUGGUGAACCGAGUGCAGGAUCACAUCCAGAGCCGAAUCGUGUAUUACCUGAUGAACAUCCACAUCACGCCGCGCUCCAUCUACCUGUGCCGGCACGGAGAGAGUGACCUCAAUGUGAAAGGGCGAAUCGGCGGCGACUCGGGUCUCACACCCCGGGGAAAGGAGUUUGCUCGAUACUUGGGCCAGUUCAUCCACUCGCAGGACAUCAGCGAUCUGAAGGUGUGGACGAGUCAGAUGAAGAGAACCAUUCAGACUGCUGAGGCUCUGGGCGUGCCGUAUGAGCAGUGGAAGGCUCUGAAUGAGAUCGAUGCUGGUGUGUGUGAGGAGCUGAUGUACGAGGAGAUUCAGCAGCGGUAUCCUCUGGAGUUUGCGCUGCGUGACCAGGACAAAUAUCGCUACCGAUAUCCCAAAGGAGAGUCUUAUGAAGAUCUGGUGCAGCGGCUCGAGCCCGUCAUCAUGGAGCUGGAGCGGCAGGAGAACGUCCUGGUCAUCUGCCACCAGGCGGUCAUGCGCUGCCUGCUGGCCUACUUCCUGGAUAAAUCGGCAGAAGAGCUGCCGUACCUGAAGUGCCCGCUACACUCGGUGCUGAAGCUCACCCCGGUGGCUUACGGCUGUAAAGUGGAGUCCAUCUUCCUGAAAGUGGAAGCAGUGAACACCCACAGAGAAAGACCAGAGAAUGUAAACGUACAUCGGACCACGGAGGACGCCCUGUGCACCGUUCCGCCUCACCUCUGACCUCGCCCGCUUUGGCCGUCCGCUCCGGUGUUUCUCGGGACCCUUUCUCCAGGGGUCCCCUGUCCUCCGGACAUCUCUGUCGCACAAGGAUCCGGCGUCUGGUGUCACAGAGUCUUCAUUUCUGCGUCUGUACCCUUUAAUCCUCACACCUCGAGGAUCUUGGGCUUUUUUCACUCCCUGACUACAGAGUAAUGUUCGUUAAGCGUGAGCCGAUCCCAGGUCCGCUUCAGGACAGGGAUCGCUGAUGUGAUUUGUUUUCGUUCAAACAGAACCACUUCAGUUUUUAUCCAAUCUGGUGUGCGACGUUAGUCCUAGUGAAAAGGGGCGUGGCCUCUGAGUAAAGGAACACCCCAGUGCUUUUGGACGUAAUGUUUGGGUCCUGUGUGUGUGGUUAUCUCCUACGACACUUAUAACAGAAGUCUAAGGGCAGUUGUUGUCCCACAUAUCCACUGUUUUACCAAAAACACUAAUCGUGGACACUUUUAUCGCCGUUCAGUGUCGAUUCUGUCCAUUUAUCAGUUUCUAAGCAGGUUCCUCUGUGAAUAUUGUCAUAAGCUGAACGGAACAAACAAAGUUCCCACCAACCGUUUGCUGGUUUUCUCCCUUCCUUGCUCUUCAGCAAACGUGUUGAUGGUACAAGCUGAUUUAUCUUGACCGUGAACUCUCCAGCUGCCCGUAGACUUCGGUUAUAGGUGAGUGUGUGGAGUAAACCCUUCACUGAGGAAUUGUCUGGGGAAAUCACACAAACACCAUAGAGGUGCAGCACUGGGGUUCGGGUUCGCUCUAAACACAAUCGCACAACAACCAGUCACACUGUAUUACUGCGCACACUAUUAUCACACUGAUCACUGCGCACACUACGGACAGUCCGUUUUUAAUCUGCUUCGACUUUCAAACCUGGAGAUAAACACAAACUUUCCUUUUUUUUUUCUCCACCUCUGGGGUUUUGGGAUGGUGUGUAUAGAAAACCUUCACUUGAAGGAUGUGAAACAUGGCAAAAUGCAAAUGAGCUUAUAUCAGGCUGGAUUAUGUAUGUUUUGGCUUGCAUUUUACUUUGUAUGUGUGUGUGUGUGUUGCAGCUCUCGCACUCCUCUUUGCAUCAGUAUUGUUCUGUCAUUGUGUCACGCCAUUUGAUUCUUAUCUCUCUGUUACUUUGAGGGAAGGAUGACAACUUUGCUGUGUGU